GCUGGCGCUGUGGCCGUCGCCGUCGCGGGCCAAGCCCACGGUGCGCAAGGAGCGCGUGCUGCGCCCCGACUCCGAGCUGGGCGCGCGGGCGCCCGAGGACAACGGCAGCUUCCAGUACGACCACGAGGCCUUCCUGGGCCGCGAGGAGGCGCGCGGCUUCGACCAGCUCACCCCGGAGGAGAGCAGGGCCCGGCUGGGGAAAAUCAUUGACCGAAUCGACAGUGACCAGGAUGGCUUCAUCACCACCGAGGAGUUGAAAGUCUGGAUCAAACGGGUGCAGAAGAGAUACAUCUAUGAUAAUGUCGCCAAGGUCUGGAAGGACUACGACAGAGACAAGGACGGCAAGAUCUCUUGGGAAGAGUACAAACAAGCCACCUACGGCUACUUCCUGGGGAACCCCGAAGAGCUCCAGGACAGCCCCGACCACCUCACUUUCAAGAAGAUGCUGCCCCGGGACGAGAGGAGGUUCAAGGCCGCGGACCUGGACGGGGACCUCACAGCCACCCGCGAGGAGUUCACUGCCUUCCUGCACCCCGAGGAGUUCGAGCACAUGAAGGAAAUCGUGGUCUUGGAAACCCUGGAGGACAUCGACAAGAACGGGGACGGCUUUGUGGACCAGGACGAGUACAUCGCGGACAUGUUUUCCCAUGAGGAUGGCGGCCCCGAGCCAGACUGGGUCUUGUCGGAACGGGAGCAGUUCGGUGACUUCCGGGACCUGAACAAGGACGGGAAGCUGGACAGGGACGAGAUCCGCCACUGGAUCCUCCCCCAGGAUUAUGACCACGCGCAGGCCGAGGCCCGGCACCUGGUGUAUGAGUCUGACAAGAACAAGGACGAGAAGCUCACCAAGGAGGAAAUCCUGGACAACUGGAGCAUGUUCGUGGGGAGCCAGGCCACCAGCUACGGCGAGGACCUCACGAAGAGCCACGACGAGCUCUGAGGCUCGAGCCCUGAGGCUCGCCGUGGCCUCCCCCAUCCUGGGUGGCUGCUGCUGUGGUCUGGCUUACGGCAGCAGUGUCCCCAGCAGAGCGAGUUUAUGCCACAGGUCAGGGUAAAAGAUGUUUCUCCCUCAGUACUUACUGGAAAGUGGGCAGCACUGUUUUUUUCAGUAAGACUCAAAACAUGAAAAUCCUGGCAGAUGGCCACUGGUUAUGGGGAUCCCUGGCUACAGCAUGAGUUUUUCAGGUUUUUUUCUUCUUACUAAGUUUAAAUGCAAGGGGAGUAGACCUUGGAGAAGCCCAGUGCUCCAGGAGCUGGCUGGCUCUGCACAGCAGUUAGCGGAUGCUGUGGCUGGGAUCGCUCAGGCUUUUUCUGUUUGCCGUUGCUAAGCAGCGGACCAGGGAAAUUCUGAGGCCCAAAGCAGUGUCAUCCCAGGUAGGCUCACCUUGGAGCAAGGUUCUGAUUCUUCCUUUUCGACUUUGUCCUCCGAUCUGAGACUGUGAGUCACCUGUGAAACUGCAGUGCGUUUUCCUGUGUGGACCUGCUAAUGUACCCAAUCGACCCACAUCUUCGUUUUUUGUUUUUAUAAUAAGAAGCAAUCAUGAAAGAUAAUGUGAACGAAAGAGGAAUUUUACAGGUGGUUAAAGCAAUAAAAGAAGGUCAUGCCCGGAAGAGCUGUAGGACAAUGGUAAACACUUUCCAUGUGCUUGAAAACAUUUUCUUGACCUGGGAACCGGGCAGGUCUGAUCUUUGAAAUCGUGUCUACAAACGAUCCACUUUCCGAACGAUCCUGGAUGCCAGUGAGGCCGUGGAGUUUGUGAAUCCGAGAACCUGGGACCUGCCAGGGUGGCUCUCGGCAAGGAAUUAGGACACAGCGAUGCUUGAGCCAUUGUUGGGACUGGAGGAAACCGUGGUACAGGCUGAAUCGCACCUUGUGAGCAGGGAGGGAAGGAAAUAAAGGACCUGCGUGAGGA